AUGAGUCGGUUGGAAAUAAAAUUCAAUCAGAAUAAACGGCAUCGCAGGGUAUUUGACCUACGCUUAUACCAGAUCCUUAAUGCAUCCUUCCAUUCUGUAGACCAGGAAGAGACUAGGAGGAAGCUUUUAGUGGUGCAAACUGUCCGCCUCCCCCAACAACCACUGCAUAUAAAUUUGACAGAGGUUUGUAAAAAUUGGAGAACCACUUAUGAGAACCUUGGCCUUGACUUGGAGAUUGUUCCAAAAAAAGAAUCUUCCUUGAUGCCCAUUUCUAUGGAGCAAUGCAAGGGUUUUCGAACAUAUGCAUCUAUCACCCUGCUCACAGUGACUCUCAACACUUGGCAGUGUCUAAACCCACAAAGGAAAAUUAAAUUUAACAAGAUGCCUUCAACAUUUGUUAAAAACUGCAAAAAGCUGAGCAUCUAUGUUGACUUUAAAGAUCUAGGAUUACAAAAUUGGGUAGUUGCUCCCAAAGGUUACAGCUUUAAUUACUGCGAUGGAAAUUGCCUACCUCAAUUCACAAAAGUACAACAUGAAGUAAACUAUUCCACUGGGCAGGCUAUGACCAUAUCUAGGAGAUCUGAGGAUGUCUCUGGACCUUGUUGCAUCCCAGUAAAGAUGUCUCCAGUCUCUAUGUUAUUCUAUGAUAAUGAGGAUAAUAUUGUCCUGAAACAAUAUGAAAAUAUGUCUGUGGAUGAAUGUGACUGCGUGAUAUAA